GGGAGUUCGGGAAGGUGGCCGGCACCGCCGCCGAAAUCGGUUUCGUUUUAUUUUAGCUUAACUGUCGAAGGCAUCCGGUUGUGCAUUCUCCCCGCGGAUCAUCGUCACGCGAUCACAGCGAGUGCCCCCCUUAGUAGGAAUUUCUCUGCUCAUCCAGCAUCAGCGCGCAAAAUUUAUCAAACGACUAAUUUGGGUGAUACAGACACAUCGGACGUUAAAUGACGGAGUGAAAUCUCGCGGCGAGUAACACCGACGUUUUUGUGACUGCACUACUCGUCGUCCUUCUUUUACUCGCUAUAUUUAAGAAUAAUUAGUAAGGUGAAAGACCGAGAUCACGUGUCACGAUGGAGGCGAUCAAGAAGAAAAUCGCAGCUUUGAAGCUCGAGAUGGAUGCUGCGAACGAGAAAGUCGAAGUCAACGAGACGAAAGCGAAACAAGAGAAUAUAAGAGCGGACAGGCUGAAUGACGAUACUAGUGAUCUGCAGAAACGAUUGGCCCAAUUGGAACGAGAUUAUACCGUUGCUAAAGCGAACUUGGAGCAAUCGACCGCUGAUUUAGAGCAGUGCGAAAAAUCUUAUUCUAGAGCCGAGCAGGAUCGUACUGUGAUGACGAAGAGAGUGCAGGAGAUCGAAGCGAGUCUUACCAAAAAGGAGGAGCUGCGUCUUUCCGCCACGAUAAAGCUGGCACGUGCGACCGAACUCGCCGACGACGCGCAGAGAAUGUGUAACGUCCUGACAGAUAGGAGUCGCUUGGACGAGGAACGUACGGAGAAGCUCAUGUCGGAAUUAAAGGACGCGAGAUUAAUCGCCGAAGACGCUGACGCGAAAUCCGACGAGAUAGCCAAGAAAUUGCAAUUCGUGGAGGAGGAAUUGGAAGCUGCUGAAGAAAGAGUGAAGACUAGCGAGGCAAAAAUCGUGGAGCGCGAGGACGAACUCUUCAUCGUACAAAAUAUCGUGAAAUCCCUCGAAGUAUCCGAGGAGAAGGCAAACCAGCGAGUAGAAGACUUUAAGGUGCAGCUGAAAUCCUCGAAGAAGAAACUGAAGGAGGCGGAGAAGCGCGCAAUCACCGCCGAAAGGACAGUCAAGACGUUACUAAAAGAAGUGGACAUGAAGGAAGACGAACUCAGGGAAGAGAAGGAAAAGUACAAGGCGGUCUGCGACGACAUGGACGCAACGUUCGCCGAGAUGACAGGAUACUAAAGUCCUGCGGACGGACUCGAUUUGACUCUCGCUGCUACUCCCACGCUUCUCUCCGCUUAUUCGCUAUAUCUUAAUAUUCGUUGCUUCGUUGCGCCUGAUUGUCACUUAAACUGCAAUGCCGAUUCGCUUUAUCGUACGAAAUGCCGUGAACGACAUUAGAAGUAAUCUACUUCGUGCGACAAGCCACUGAUGGUGAUGAUAGAUAGGUGCAAGAUAACGCAAUGCGGCUUGUUACUAUAACUGCUUCGCUUCGUGUAACACCUUGCCAAAAUCGAGCAACUGGUUCAUGGUCGCUCGUUGUUCGCUAUGUCGACUGAAGAAUCACAAUUUCAUCUAGUUCUCUUUCUUUCAGAGGCGUUGGAGGGAUUUAAUGUUGCACGCGCGAGCGAGACCACGAUAUCGCGCGUACUUUUUACCAUUCAAUGU